UCCGGGGAGAGCGGAUAUAGUGAAUGCAGGGUCCAGGGGAGACCAGAUAUAGUGAAUGCAGGGUCCGGGGAGACCGGAUACAGUGAAUGCAGGGUCCUGGGAGACCAGAUAUAGUGAAUGCAGGGUCCGGGGAGACCGGAUAUAGUGUAUGCAGGGUCCGGGGGGAGAGCAGAUAUAGUGAAUGCAGGGUCCGGGGAGACCAGAUAUAGUGAAUGAAGGGUCCGGGGAGACCAGAUAUAGUGAAUGCAGGGUCCGGGGAGACCAGAUAUAGUGAAUGCAGGGGUCCGGGGAGAGCAGAUAUGGUGAAUGCAGGGUCUGGGGAGUCCAGAUAUAGUGAAUGCAGGGUCCGGGGAGACCAGAUAUAGUGAAUGC